UCCCUUGGAAGCACUGCUCCGAAACAGAAAAAAUAAAAAGAAAGAAAACCCACAACACAAAAGCUGUUAUCUUUGCUACACAGCUUCUUCUUGCUCUGUUCCAAUCUUCUGAUAAUCUCGCAUAAAGUGUGCGAAUUGUUCUGCUCAUUUCGUCUCUUUAGGCAGCGUUAUAGUCUCUCCACCAAUCUCAGGUUUGAAUAUAGAUUGGAUAAUUCGAAAAAUUUGGAACUUUUGGUGUGUUUUUUCAUGGUGUGUAGGUAGAUGUUUUGAUAGCUAGCUUUCAUGGGUUCGAUAAGAUUGUCCAUUCCCGUGGACCAAUUUGAUCCAAAAAGGGUUAAGCAAAUUAGAGUCUCUCGUCUCGAGACUGAAGCUAACGAAACCAACAAUGCCAUUGAUUCCCUUGACCAAAACGAUUCCGUACAUGGAGCUGCUGCUGUGGAGAGAAACCGAAGUCCAAAAGUGAAUAGUAGAAAGACGUUGAAGAGUGCAAAGAGAGGGAAAACGAAGGAUGUGGGUCUAAAGCUUAGUUUCAGAAGCGAAAGAAGUGAACUUGAACCGGAGAAUAUCUUUGUGGAAGGUAGGGAGUUGGAUGUUAACUACUCAGCUCUUAGGCCUGGGUUGAGUUUGGAGCAUUGUAAUGCUAUCUUGAAAAAACUGGAAAGAUGCAGUGAUAACAAUGCCUUGCAGUUUUUCGACUGGAUGAGGAGCAAUGGGAAAUUAGAAGGAAAUACGGGUGCUUAUAAUUUGAUUCUCCGAGUUUUGAGUAGGAGAGAAGAAUGGGACAGAGCCGAGGCCUUGAUCAAGGAAGCGUGUGGUUUUCAGGGCAGUGAGCAGAAUUUUCAGGUUUUCAACACAGUUUUAUAUGCGUGUUCUAAAAAGGGUCUUGUAAAUUUAGGUUCAAAGUGGUUUAGGAUGAUGUUGGAUCUUGGGGUUCAGCCAAAUGCGGCUACCCUUGGUAUGGUGAUGGGUCUUUAUCAGAAAAGUUGGAAUCUCGAAGAUGCAGAGUUUGCAUUUUCUCGUAUGAGAAUCCAUGGGAUAACAUGUGAAUCUGCUUAUUCAGCAAUGAUAACAAUUUACACACGUUUGCGGUUAUAUGAUAAAGCAGAGGACGUUAUUGACUUCAUGAGGGAAGAUGGAGUGAAGCUGAAUCUAGAGAAUUGGUUGGUGAUGCUUAAUGCUUAUAGCCAACAGGGCAAACUGGAGCAAGCUGAAUCUGUAUUGGCCUCCAUGGAAGCGGCAGGGUUUGGUCCAAAUAUCAUCGCAUACAAUACUUUAAUUACCGGUUGUGGGAAGAACUCUAAUGUGGCAGAUGCGAAUCGUAUAUUCCAGAAUCUCCAUGAUGUUGGGUUGGAGCCAGAUGAAACAAGUUACAGGUCAAUGAUUGAAGGGUGGGGACGAGCUGGAAAUUACAAGGAGGCGAAAUGGUACUACGGAGAACUCAAGAGGUUGGGGUAUAAACCCAAUUCAUCAAACCUUUACACAUUGAUCAACUUACAAGCUAAGUAUGGAGACAAAGAUGGUGCUAUUAGAACAGUUGAAGAUAUGAUACGCAUUGGAUGCCAACUUUCCUCGAUUCUUGGGAUCCUUCUGCAGGCUUAUGAGAAGGUUGGAAAGAUCGAUGAUGUGCCUUGUGUUCUCACUGGCUCUUUUCUUAAUCAUAUCCGUGUAAACCAGACUUCUUUCUCGAUGCUGGUUAUGGCUUAUAUCAAACAUGCUAUGGUCGAUGAUUGCUUGGCAUUGUUGCGAGAGAAAGAGUGGAGAGACCCGGCGUUUGAGGCCCACUUGUAUCAUUUGUUGAUCUGCUCGUGCAAAGAGUUCGGUCAACUUGACGAUGCUGUGAAGAUAUACAACCAGACGAAGGAUUCUGAGGACAAGAUUAAUCUGCACAUCACAUCCACAAUGAUCGACAUUUACACUAUCAUGGGUGAAUUUGGUGAAGCAGAGAAGCUGUAUUUAAAGAUGAAAUCUUCUGAAGUUAUCUUGGACAGGAUUGCCUUCAGUAUUGUGGUUCGGAUGUAUUUGAAAGCGGGUUCCUUGGAAGAUGCAUGCUCUGUUCUCGAGAUCAUGGAAGAGAAGCACAAGGACAUUGUUCCAGAUGUUUAUUUGUUCCGUGAUAUGCUUCGGAUAUAUCAAAAGUGUGGCCUGCAGGAUAAACUCGAGCAUCUGUACUACAAAAUCCGGAAGAGUGGAGUCAUAUGGGAUCAAGAGAUGUACAAUUGUGUCAUAAACUGCUGUUCCCGUGCUCUGCCCGUCGAUGAACUCACCAGAAUCUUCGAUGAGAUGAUUCAACGAGGGUUUAUUCCCAACACCAUCACAUUCAAUGUCUUGCUUAAUGUAUAUGGAAAAGCCAGGUUCUUCAAGAAGGCAAAGUCUGUUUUCUUAUUAGCCAGAAGGCACGGCCUAGUGGAUGUCAUCUCUUACAACACCAUCAUAGCCGCCUAUGGACAGAGCAAGGAUUUCACAAACAUGUCAUCAGCAGUUCGGAACAUGCAGUUUGAUGGCUUCUCAGUGUCCCUCGAGGCUUAUAACUCUAUGUUGAAUGCAUAUGGGAAGGAUCAUCAAAUGGAGAACUUCAGGAAUGUCUUGAAGAGAAUGAAAGAAACUAGCUGCAAAUCAGAUCAUUACACUUACAACAUCAUGAUCAAUAUCUACGGAGAGAAAGGAUGGAUCGAUGAAGUUACAGAGGUGCUGAGAGAGCUAAAGGAAUCUGGAAUCGGUCCCGACCUGUGCAGCUAUAACACACUGAUAAAGGCAUACGGGAUUGCUGGAAUGGUCGAAGAAGCUGUUGGGUUGGUGAAGGAGAUGAGGGAGAAGGGGAUAGUGCCUGAUAACGUAACCUACACCAAUCUGAUAGCUGCUUUGCGCAGGAAUGAUCCC